AAUGGAACGACAAGUGGAAAAUGAACCGAAUUCUGGCUAUUAAAAUUUCUUUAGAAAAUUUGCGUUUACCUCAAGCUUUUGCGAUUCCAUCUUCCGCUAACGUCACGUUGUUUCAAUAGAAAUUAUCUAGGUUUAUCAAAAGCAUCUAUCACCUAGCAAGUCGAUUAGUUUUUAUGCUAAACAAUACCGCAGACAGUGAUAAUUUUUAAUAUUAGCAGCCAUUGUCAGUUAUUUCAUCCAGCAUUCUCAAAUCCCCAGAAAAGUCCUAUCAGAAAAAAUAAACCUCAUUUGUGUCAUAUACAGAUAGCAUAAAGGAAUUGAAAAUCAGCUGAAAAUGAUGAAUGAUGAUCCAGAGGAUCGUCUAUCAGAUGAAAAAGAACCAGUUUUUACUCAGAGUCAGGACAGAGUAGUAGCACUAUCAUGGAAAGAUUCAUUUCGACAGAUAAUUGCAGCUUGUAUAUCCUUCUCUAUCGUGAUACAAGUGGGGGCCAACAUGUCCUUCAGUUCCAUUUUGGUGCCCCAAUUGGCAGAAAAAGACAGUCCCAUACAUAUAACAAGAUCGGACGCUUCAUGGAUAGCUAGUAUAGUAGCGAUUGCGUUACCAAUGGGGGCCCUAAUAGUUGGACCAUUGAUGGAUGUGUAUGGUAGAAAAAAGAUUAGCAUCCUGAUAUCAGCUCCCUUCGUUGUAGCUUGGAUUUUCCAGAUAUAUGCUACAGAUUUGUGGCACAUCUACAUUGCUAGGGUCAUUUCUGGAUUCACUGGAGGCCUGACAACAGCAGCUAUAGUUUACAUAUCAGAAAUUUCGCAUCCAUCUCUAAGGCAAGCCCUGUUGUCCCUUAACAGUGUAUUUGUGUCCCUUGGUGUCCUUUUAACCUACUUAUUUGGUACUAUACUCCGAUGGAGAAUCACUGCGAUGUUGUUGUGUGCUGGUUCAAUUUUAUCAGGAGUUGGCAUGAUGUUCCUGCCUGAAAGUCCUUAUUGGUGCCUCAUCUUCAAGAAUGAUUAUGGUGGCGCUCAGAAAGCCUUAAGGGCUCUCUUCAAAAACCACGAGGUUUUCGACAGCCAAUACCACCACCUGUUACUGGUGAAGAGGAAGGCCAUGAAUAGAUCGGAUGGUAACGAGACCAGGCUGCAAAAACUGAAGGAAGAAGUCAGGUUGAUCACCCACAAGACAGUCUACAAGCCAACGGUGAUCCUCUUCCUGAUCUUCUUCGCUCAGCAGAUAACCGGAGGCUACGUCAUCAUUUUCUACGCCACUGACAUCUUCAGGAAGCUAGACGGCCAGAGCCAAAACCAAGGGAUGACGGAGAUGGCCUCUUUGGUCCUUCUAGGGGUCAUCAGGUUCCUAGCUUCCGGCGUUUCCUUCCUCGUUUCCAAGAAUUUCGGCAGGAGGUCCAUCCUGAUGACGUCUGGGGUGGGCAUGGCCUUUUGCAGCUUUGUGGCCGGGGUCUACAUCUACUUCACAGUAUUAUCGAACGAACAGAUAGAAGCCAUGAACUUGACCACAAGCGAUAAGACCUACAACAUCGCCUUUUUGUUCGUUCUGGGCUACGUCGCCUUUGGAUCUCUUGGUUUCCUGGUGAUACCGUGGACUUUGAUCGGGGAACUGCUACCAGUGAAGGUCAGAGGGUUGAUCGGUGGUGUUUUAGUGUCGUUGGCUUACGUCAUGAUGUUUUUCUUCGUGAAAAUCUUCCCUGCCAUCUUAGACUCUAUCGAUAUACAUUCUAUAUUUUGCGUUGUGUCCAUUUUGAACUUGGUCAGCGUGAUGUUCAUCUACUUCUUCUUGCCAGAGACGCUCGGGAGGAAUUUUAGCGAGAUUGAGGGUUAUUUUGAGAGAUGAUUAAGCAUACUAGUUAAGUUGUAUAUGUAAGAAUAAGCCAUGAAGUUGUACAUUGGAUUCGUUAAUAAAUCUAUACGAAAUUUUA